AUUGCUGGGAACCCCAACAAGAAGCAAUGGAUCCUAUGCGCUCAUCAUUCCUUAAUAAUAAAUACAUCGCCCAAUUGAUUUAUGCCGCUGUGAAGAUCUCCAAACGGGGGAGAAAUAUAAUAUAAAAUGGCCGUCUGCGGAGACCUUGACGCACAGUAAGAGAAGAGGGAGAGAGAUAAAUUACAGCAGACGCCAUGAUCGCCUUCCACACCUUACACCCCUUCGCGCCCAGACCAGACGGGUGCGUAAUGCAAACCCGACUCAUGCGCAGCCAAAAUUUUACCCACCAUAUCCCGCUCUUGGCUCUCCGCAAAAGACCCUCGGCCACAAGUCUUGUCGGAAUACUCAAAGCUGCGGCUGUGCCGCAGCCACCGCCGGGAAAGAUCAACGCCGACGAAGACCUGAAUCCCUCUAGCCACAUCAAGUACAAACCUCUCACCGCAAAACUGCCCAAAAAGAACGAUACGGUGAAACUAGCGGCGGUCUUUGGCCUCUGGUGCUUCCAAAAUGUGAUUUUUAACGUAUACAACAAAAAAGUUCUCGGCUUGUUCCCGUACCCAUGGCUAAUCGCCUCGUUUCAUCUCCUGGUGAGCUCUCUCUGGAUGACGGGACUCUGGGCAACAAAGCUUCAGCCUUUUCCCCGCGUCAACCGCAAGUUCCUUCUCGCUCUGCUGGGCCCCGGCUUAUUCCACGCGAUCGGCCACACCUCGGCCUGCAUCGCCUUCACCAAACUCGCCGUCUCCUUCAUUCAAGUCAUCAAUGCGUCGGAACCCUGCUUCUCUGUUGUCAUCUCUGCUCUCCACGACCACUUUUACCCCAUCCACAUUUGGCUCUCCGUCAUCCCAAUCGUUGCAGGCUGCGCCCUCGCCGCAGUUACAGAGGCAUCUUUUAACGCCGCAGGGCUAUGGGGAGCUCUCGUAAGCAAUGCUUGUUUCGUUUUGCGGAAUAUCUAUUCGAAGCAGAGCUUCUACGACUAUAAACACAUUGAUGGGCUUAAUCUCUACGGCUGCAUCUCUAUUGUCUCCCUCUUUUACCUUAUCCCUGUUGCUGUAAUUGUGGAGGGACGUCACUGGCUGCAGGGUUACCAGACGGCAAUCGCAGCAGCUGGUUCGCCGUCGUCGUUCCUUACUUGGGCUCUCCUCUCCGGCGUGUUCUACCAUCUAUAUAACCAAACUUUAUACCAGGCAUUGGAUGAGAUUAGUCCACUAAGAUUCUCAGUUGGUGAUGCGAUGAGGAGGGUUGUAGUGAUCAUUGCCACUGUGAUUGUAUUCAGGAAUCCAGUUAGGCCAUUGAAUGCUGUCGGUUCAGCCAUGGCGAUCUUUGGAACAUUCUUGUAUUCUCAGGCUACAGCCGUGGGGACGAAGAAGGGCAAGAAGAAAAGACAGAUGAUUACUAAGGAGAGGUGAGCGGUUGCUGGUGAUUUUGGAUUAUUGAAUAGAGGAGUCCUGCUAAGAUCGAUCAUUUCUAAGUGAUGAACUUCAGUCGAUCCCUUUAGAAGAGAAUAACACUUGCAGCUUAAGAAGGGGGUUAAGGAUAAUGGCAGUUCUAAGUAUUUUUUUUAAUUAUUUUGUGAAUUCAAUAAUAGAUGUAAGGAUGAAUGUAGUGUGGUUCAUGCUCUAGGAUUAGGGGCGUGAGUUAAGAUCUGCUCGAUAAAUGGUUGGCGAGCUUAGUUUAAUAAGCUAAAGAGAUAAAUUUGAGUCAAUCUCUCGUUAGCUUGUUAGUCGGCUCGUUUAAAAAAUAUUACGAUAAAAUACACGAAAGUGUAGAGAUGUGGGAGACAU